ACGGAUUUGGUGCUGAUCACGUGAUUUCGCCGGUGACGGAAAAAUGAACCACAGCGAAAUUGUCAACUCGCGUAUGGCGCAGCCUCAGCCAGCAACUUCUCUUUCCGGUAAAAGGCCCGACCAAAAACAUCCAAAAUGUUGAUGCCCAAGAAGAAUCGCGUAGCCAUCUAUGAGUACCUCUUCAAAGAGGGUGUGAUGGUUGCAAAAAAGGAUUAUCAUGCACCGAAGCAUCCUGAACUCGAAACUAUCCCCAACCUCCAAGUUAUCAAGGCUAUGCAGUCUCUGAAAUCACGAGGCUAUGUUAAUGAACAGUUUGCCUGGAGGCACUUCUACUGGUACCUAACUAAUGAAGGCAUUGAAUACCUGCGUGCUUAUUUGCAUUUACCACCCGAAAUUGUACCAGCCACAUUGAAAAAGCAAGCCAGACCAGAAACUGCGCGACCAAGACCAGCUGCUGGUCCCAGAAGUGAAGGAUCUCGCCCUGCUGAAGAUCGAGCUGGAUAUCGUAGAGGACCUGGUGGACAUCCAGCACCUGGAGAUAAGAAGGCUGAUGUUGGAGCUGGCACUGGGGAUUUGGAAUUCCGUGGUGGAUUUGGACGUGGCAAAGCCCCACAAUGAUAAGCUCUUUUCAUUAAACAAAAUGAUGAAAAAUGUAUACUGAUGCCAAUAAAAAAUGAUUCAGUAUUCCCAAA